AUGAGCUCGUUUGUCACUAGCACGAGUAGCAGUAGUAGUAACAUCGAGCGUAUUACGAGCACUCGACGCUUGCGCCAAAUUUCUCUCGAUCUCGCAAAUAACCUCUCUUCCCUGUCGUCUUUCCUCCCCGCCGCUCAACAGGUGGAGAUCUUAAUGACCCGCAUACGUUUUACGUUAUCACAGUUUCGGCAACAUGGAAAGCGGCUAAUCGCACUGAUGGAGAUAGCCCGCUCAACUCUGACUCGUGCGGGCGUCAAACUGCAUUUGUUUACGUCCUGCCCGGAGCAUCUCCUCGCCUACAAAUCGCAGUACUUCAAGCUGCUGCUUCUACUCCAAUACCACCGUCCGCAUUUCGCGCCCGAGCUGCGAGCGCGACUGCACAGACUACUUCUGCCGCUGUCUACGCGGCUUGUCAUCCACAGAAAAUCCGACCCGUCAGACCCGUUUUCUGAGCUCGGGAUCGACAAGGCGCUGGUCAGAGCGAGUCUGAGCGGCGCCUCUUCUCCAACGUUGGGCGACAAGCAGCCACAGCACUCUGUAAGCCCAUCGGAUGCGUCACGUUCUGUGACGCCCUCAUUAGGGUCGCCCAGUCGGACGUCAUCGCCGCCCUCCGAGGCGACACUCAUGCCGCCCCCAGAUGCCUUCCCGGACAAAGUAACCGAACACCCGCUCACUGCGCUGCAGCGAAAGUACCUCCUGAACUCGUCUCUCCUGCGCGCCACCGUCGCCGCUACCCACGUGCACCCUGCGAACCCACAUCGUCAGCAUCCAAAGGCCGCCGCCGAGCCCGCGCUGGAACCCUCCGUCGACGCGCCAGGGCCCAUGGCGCCCCGGCGGAACUUCCACGGCCCGCGGCGCAAGCAGUUCGGUAUUUUCUGCACGCGCAAGCAGGCGGGACAUCUUGCGAGGAGAGGGUCUACGUGAUCGAGAACAGAAGAGCGGUCUAUUUUCUGUCGUAGGUGUGAGUGGAAGAGUUGUAAUAUUAAUAUAGGCUUCUGGGCGUUUGUUAUGUAUUUGCACUUGUAGUCUACAUAUGUCAUGUUUUGCAGGCC